AUAAAAAGACCGAUCUUUUCCUUAUUCCACGAAUAGGAAGAAAUCCAUGUCACUAUAAGAAAUAAACCUUUCUUUUCUUUCUUUCAUUCUCGAAAUCAUGGGUUCUGAAGAAUGCGUCUCCGACAGAAAUAAGGUGCACAAUCUAAAAGUCGAGUUAGAACGUUUAAGCAAAGAGAAUGAAGGGCUGAAACGUAUGAUUUCGGCCAUGUACAGUAACUACGAAAUUCUUGAGGGCCAUUUGAAGAGGAAGAGAGCCGAUGAGGAGGGAAGUAUUGCCAUGGUGCUGAGCCAUGACUCGAGCCAAAGACAGAUGACCAGACCCAUUGCACCACCUACGCGACCGAUGGAGCGGAAUGUCUUUGUUAGAACUGAUGCACGUGACGCUGGCUUGACGGUGAAGGAUGGGUACCAAUGGAGGAAAUACGGACAGAAGGUCACGAAAGAUAAUCCAUCACCCCGAUCUUAUUUUAGAUGUUCUACAGAUCCUUCAUGCCCCGUCAAGAGGAAGGUGCAAAGGUGCGCGGAAGAUGAGUCGGUCCUCAUGGUGACAUAUGAAGGAGAGCACACCCAUGGGCUAGUUGGUGGGAUGCAUGGCUGCAAGGCCAGUUCGCCCUGUUCAGUUUCAGUUAAUCCUGUCCGUCCAUCCAUCACCACUGAUCUAACUCUAAGUGACACCAAUCACAAAACCACAACCGUCUAUCAAAACUUCACUAAUAGUAAUAUGGAAGAAUACGUGGCCUCCUUGGCCAGGGACCCCAACUUCGUUUCAGCAUUAGCGACUUCAGUUGCACGCUCUAGUAUCUACCAUCCUAAUCAGGCAUAGAGAUGCAUUUUUCUGUAUGAUUCGCAUAAUGUUAAUGGUGGUCAUCAUUUUAUGGGCCCACUGUGAUUAGUGAGGGACAUCAAAGCCUUCAGAUGCAGCUCCUAAUGUUAGGCCUAGAUCCCAAAAUCCAUCUUGAUUCAAGACUUAGUUGACCACACCAAAAGGAAAAUAAUGCACCUUCUAAUAGCACCAUUCAAGAUAUGAAGCCCUGCAUUCAGCCCAUGAUUUUCAGCCCAAUUGUAUUUAAUGGUCUUUAUGAUGCAUGGUUUAUAAACUAUGUUGCAUGCAUGGAAAAAUAAAAAUGAUAAAACUCAACUACAUGUCUUAGAACUAUUUUACAUUGCGUAGUAACUUGUAUUUUGUCUCAAAAAGAUUUUAUAUACAUUGGGAUCCAUAGUUGUUAUUAAUGUAAGAUGUUUUGUGAUUGGUCAAUAUAAGGGCUCAUUUGCAAUAAGAAAGGAAUUCAUCUUUGAAUUAUUAAAAAUAAUAUUAUUUCUUACAAAAUUUCAGUAGAAAAAAAUAGUUGACUGAUUCAUCUUUCGUU